AUGACCAUGAGACCAUCCAAUCAGGUGGUGCUGUGGCUGUCAGCCAACAGGGCAAAGGUCAUGGUCGAUCUCUUAAUGCCCACGGCAGUUGGUAAAGGUGAGUGGACGCAGAGCUGCAAACUGAUUGGGACUCGGGAGAAAUGUGUUCUGAGUUUUGGUGAGCUUCUUGCCCGCCUGUCCGUGCUUAGGCAAUUAUGCAAGAUAUCGAGGGUAAAGGUCUGCUUUGAUACUGAAAAUGCUCGUGAUUCUUUCUACAGAGCAGCAGUGAACUUUGUUUUAGAUGAUUGCAUGCAAGCAGCAAAAGACAUUGGUGCAGUAAAACUUAAUGGUGAGGAUCCAAGGGAGUUUGCCGGUCUUGCUAGCAAUAUUGGAUUAGACAAGUUUCGUGUUGCCACUCUUGUAUGUGCAUCAAUUGCUACUCGUACACGGACAUGCUUCUUGCAAUGCUGGGCUCUAGAGAUUCAAGGAAAACGGCCAGAAGCACUGGAUGAACUUGUGAAGAUUUGUAGAAUUCAUUACAUAUUUCCUCCAGAGGACAAUUCUGCAGAGAUGGAAAUGGUGGCUGCUGGACUAGAAAAGAAUUUGCAUGUUGCCGAGAGGGUUCACCUUCUAUAUCUAUACAGGAGCGCUUGUACUGCUGGUAACUUAAAAACAGCUGCAGAGGCUCUUGGUCUGUAUUAUUGGGGGGAUGCUUUUGCAGUCUCCCAAUAUCUCAUCCCCAAGGCCUUGUCCUUUAACCAUUGGACCAAAAUAGUUUGCCAGAUGAAUGAGAAUACACCAGAAGGAUUAGUUAUGCUUACAUUUGUAGUCCGUGUUGCAACGCCCAUUCAUCAACCACAGAUGGAGGCUUUGAAGCCCCUGACGCAGUUUUGGUAUUCCUACUUUCUUAACAUGCAGUAUGCUACCAAGACAAGAAUCAAGCAUACUGCAGAUUUCCUUCUCAUCAGAUUCUUAGGGACAGAUCCGCACGAGGCCCCAAGACUAAUGCUGAAUCAUGAUCCUUUCAUGGACUUUUAA